UACCAAAACGGUUCUCUUAUCAAAGAAACACAUAACCAAAAAACUGCAUUCAAUCACCUCCUUUUACCAUGGGAAGUGCUUGUUUUUCCUGGGACGUUUGUUUGUUUUUCGUCCUCAUUAAUACUUGUGAGGUGAUGGGGAAUGUUGGACUCGCAGAUGCCGAUGAGUGCUCUGAAGGCACGGAUGACUGUCACAUUGAUGCUCUCUGCCAGAAUACCCCCAAAUCCUUCAACUGCAUCUGCAAGCCGGGGUACAAGGGAGACGGCAAGCAGUGCGAAGACAUGGACGAGUGUGAGAAUGAGUACAACGGAGGCUGUGUCCACGAGUGUAUCAACAUCCCUGGCAACUACAGGUGCACCUGCUACGAUGGAUUCAUGUUGGCCCACGACGGACACAACUGUCUGGCCUCCACAGAUGGAAUGAACUGCAUGAACAAGGACCACGGCUGCGCCCACAUCUGCAGGGAGACCCCCAAGGGGGGUGUGGCUUGCGAGUGCCGGCCCGGGUUCGAGCUGGCAAAGAACCAGAGAGACUGUACAUUGACAUGUAACUAUGGGAACGGAGGCUGCCAGCACAUGUGUGACGAUACGGAUGUGGGGCCGGUUUGUGGCUGUCACCAGAAGUACGCCCUGCACUCAGACAGCAAGACCUGCAUCGAUCUGUGCUCUGUUGCACCCCGAAAAUGUCGCCCGGAGUUUCACGAUGACGAUGAGAGAGAUGAGGCUGCAAUUGAGAGCUCUGAGUUCAAUACCACGUCAAUAGCUGAUGUGGACAAGCGGGUGAAACGGCGGCUUCUUAUGGAAACCUGUGCGGUGAACAAUGGCGGCUGUGACCGGACGUGCAAGGACACGGCUACAGGGGUACGCUGCAGCUGCCCCGUGGGAUUCACCCUGCAGCCAGACGGCAAGACCUGCAAAGACAUAGAUGAAUGCCAGGAGGCGUUCAAUAACGGCGGCUGUGACCAUUUCUGCAAAAACACGGUGGGCUCCUUUGAGUGCAGCUGCCAGAAGGGCCACAAGCUCCUCACUGACGAGCGCACCUGCCAGGAUAUUGACGAGUGUUCCUUUGAGAGGACCUGCGACCACACCUGCGUCAACUACCCUGGCAGCUUCGACUGUGUCUGUCAGGAAGGAUACACUCUGUACGGCCUCACACACUGCGGAGACAUAGAUGAGUGCAGCAUUAACAACGGGAGCUGUGAACACAGCUGUGUGAACACACAGGGAGGCUAUGAGUGUCUGUGUCCGCCCGGUCAGAAACUCCACUGGAACAAGAAGGACUGCACCAAGGCGGUGAAGUGUUUGCCCGACGGGAAGCCAGCGCCGCGCGCCCAGCUCAGCUGUGACAAGAGAGGAGGGGUGGAGGUGUGCUCACUCUCCUGUCCUUCCAACGCACUCUUCCUCGCAGACUCUGAGAACAGCUACACACUAAGCUGUGGUGUGCCGGUGCAACCUGUGAAGGCACCACAGAAGAAGAACGCCACCACCGCCCUGCUCACCUGUGCAGGUAUGCAAUGCAUUAUGGGACAUGUAGUCAGCGAUGCAUACCCACGGGACUUCACUUGUUCAUCCCUAACCGGACAGGCUCAGCUCAUCCGACCGGGAGACCGGGCGAACCCAGGAGUAGGGGGACACGGAGGUGGAGGGGGGACAUGCUCGCUCAGCAACCCAGCAGAGUUUCUCCGAGGUGGGCCAAGCUGUGACAGAGGGCCUCUCUCUGGUGAGCCAACCCGCAACCCUGACCGCUCCAGCAGGCCUCACACCCAGUCCUAA